AUGGAUUUCUGGAUUGUCUUCUCUGUGGUAACCAAGGGCGACGCAGACGCCCUGAUGAGAUUUAGCCAACCGGUUGCUCUGAUUUACCGCACUUCCAAACAGAGGAAAGGACUGAAGGGUUCAAUCGAUGAUGUGUUAGGAGACCUCUUAGGGGAUGAUGACUUUCCUGUGAAAGCCAGAUCUCCUGCUGGAGAACCACGCCGAACUCCAGGCGUUCUCACAUCACGCAGUGGGCAGAAAUCUUUACUGGAUGAUGACUUCUUCAACAAGCUUGCCGAGGAGGCAGAAAAUGAAGAUGGGGCCUCUGAUGUGUCUGAGGCAGAUCCAGCAGCUCUUUUAGAGAGCAUGAAGGACAUGGAUGAUAUGGAUGCUGACCUCUUUGGUUCAAAAAAGAAGCCAAGUUCUGCCCCAGCUCAAAGUAAAAGUUCUAAGCCAGAGCCAGCCAAAUCAGGAGACAAGCUCAAAAGUGGAGAAAUUGAGGAGCCUGUUGCCAUGGAGAAGAAGCCUAGCUCUGCUCCUUCCUCCACUGUAAGAGGGUAUAAGAAGUUCAGCUUCAUGGACAAUCUGGAUGAUUCUUUGGAUGACUUACUAGAUAACCUGGAGCCCAAAAAAGAGCAACACCUGCCUAAGGCCAAACAAGAGAAACCAGUCCUGCCAGUACAAUCUCCCUCCUCCACACCAGUCACCCCAAAGAAAGGAGAAACCACACUGAAGAAGCGGGAUGAGCUGACCUUUGAUGAUGAUGACGACAUAAUGUUUGCUCUGGGAGAUGGAGAUGUUCCUCAAGGCAAAGGGACAGGACUGUCCCAAAAGAAGGAGAGCGAGGCCCCUCAGAGAGCUCGCACCCGACUGGAUGAGAUUUUGAGUCGCGGGACGUCCCCUCGGCUCCUGGAGCGACCCCCCACCGGAGAGAAAAAAGAUCCCCAACACUCAGAGAAACCCCAAGAGAAAUAUCAAGAGAAACAGCAGGAGAAGCAACAAGACAAGAAUUCCGCCGGAAGAGUGGAUCCCCUCCAAGGACUGGAUGACCUGACAUUUGGCUCUUACCAGCCUACACUGAGCUCCACUCCAGAGGGCAGGCAGUCUCGCAGGCAGUCAGUACGGUUCUCCACUGAAGAUGUCAGUGGCUCCUCUCCUGAGCGAAAACCCAAACCUUCCACUCCUUCCACUCCUCGGACUAGCAGGCCUGCUUCUGACUGGUUGGGGCUUAAGCAUGAUGAAGAUGAGGAAGAGGAGGAUCAGAAGCCCAAGGUGACGGAGGCCCCAGUGGCAGCGGCAGAGAGUCCUCAGCGCCCACCGUCUGGUAGCCACGGGACGUCCUCGUCAAAACCAGCGGAAACCGUAACCCCCUCUCCCAAAACCUCUUUGCCCAAAGCAAUCAGGUCCAGGGAGGAGGAGAAGGAGGAGGAUGAUUGGUUGGCUGGAGCACUGAGUCGUAAGAGAGUUCAGUCUGCCAGCCGUUCAGAGGAGAAACAGAGCAGACAUCAGGACAGAAGAGAUGAGACUGACUUGAAUUCCUCGUUCAGCAUUGAUCCUGUGGUGCCUAAACAGACCUCACGUAAACAGGACAGCGCUACACACCCCAGUCCAGCGCGAGGAAACCAGACAAUGCCUGCUGGCUCUGCUAAACCAGUCCCAAACUCCCAGGAGUGGGCCAGAGCCACUGGGCCCAGUACCUCACCCCUUCCCCACUUACCAUCACACCAGAGCCAAGCCAUUCCAGUCCACCAAACUGGGUCAGCAGGAUGGGCCCCUCAGAUGGAUGUACCACCCUCCAAUCCUGCCCAGCUAUGGCAUAUGCCCAGUGCAGUGUGGUGUAGGUACCCAGAGGUGUCACAGCAGAGACCAGCAGACGUCCCUUCCGCUGCCUCCCAGCCUCAGAUACCUCUGUCUGCAGACAGUCUACAGCAACUCCUGCUACAGCAGCAGCUGGCUCAGGCCCAGUUGUGGGGACUGGGAGGAAUUGUGGAUAUAAACGCACUGCAGAGGCAGAAGAGAGAGUUGGAGCAGCAGGCAGAAGAUCUGUCUUUACAAGCCCGAAUCAUACAGCUGGAGGGACAGGUACGGACCCUCCAGCUUGAACGGGACCAGAACCAGAUGCUGCUGGACAGCCUGCAGCAGCGACACAAACAGGACACAGAGUUCCUGGAGAACACUCACAGGGCCCGGGUGAAGCUGCUGGAGGAUUCAGCGGGACAGAGGGAGGCACGGGCUCAGCAGGAGAUUGAGGUUCUGGAGGAGAGACUGGCAGCAGUAAUGAGGAUAGCAGAGCAGGAGAGAGCAGAGCUGCAAGCUCAGCACCAGCGAAGACUGGCCCAGUGCCAACAGGACCGGGACAGAGAGGUGGAGAGGCUCAGAGACCUGCAGAGGAAGUCUAUCCUGGAAAUGAAGAGAGAUUAUGAGGAUCAGAUACAAAGACUGAAGAAACUGAAGGAGGAGGAGAUUGAUGCAGUCACCAGUGCCACUUCACAAACCAGGUCUUUGACGGUGGUGAUUGAGCAGAUGGAGCAGUUUUCUCGACAGUUGGGCGAUUUGUCGUCCCGUGUUGAAAGCACCCACGAGCACACAGCACACGGCCUGGAACAGGGAGCACGUCAACGAGACGAACAGUUACGGGUUCUUCAGGAACGCCUGAGUCAGCAGCAGAGAGCCAUGGCAGAGGAACGCACUCGACUAAACGAGGUCAUCGCCAAAAUGGACACACAGCUGACUGAGCAGCAGAGACAGCUGGAGAAGGAGCGUUGGAGAGUGACUGCAGAACAGGCCAAAGCUGAGUCUGCAUUAAGAGCCCUGGAGGAAGAGAGACGAACUAUGACUCAACACUUCACCAUGGAGAGGGAGGAGCUGGAGAGGGCCAAGAGUGCUCUUUUAGAAGAGCAGCAGUCAGUCAUGCAGCACUGUGCAGAUGAACGCAGGAAGUUGGCCGUGGAGUGGUCACAGUUUCACGCCCAGGACAAACUGCGGCAGGAGCGGGCAGAGCGUGAGGCUAGUCGUGCCAUGGAGAGAGAUGCCCACAGAGAGGGCUCCAUCAUCAGCAUGGCACAGGAUCAGGUGGAAUUAAAGUUACGUGCAGGAGAGCUCAAACAGCGAGAGGAGGCGGCAGCGCGUGAGAGGGAGGCGCUGGAAAGACUUCGAGAGGAGCUGGAGAGAGAGAAAGAGAGACUGAGCGGAAUGGCCCUGCAUCUGAAGACACGAGCGGAGGAAGUGGAGAGCUUCAGCAAGCUUGCCGCAGAGCGAUACGAGGAAGGCGAACGGGCCGUACGAGAGGCCAGGCAGGUGGAGGCGGAGCAUCAGGCUCGUCUACGGACCAUCCACAAACAGACAGAACUCCUCAGACAACAGGAACAGAGUCUACAUCAGGAGAGGAUAAGGAUGACCGAUCAUCGAAGAGACAUGGAACGAUUAAGACAAAGCCUUCCUGUGAACAUUGCACCUUUAAAUCCAGGACCAUUCCUCCCAGAUUUCACUCCUACACUGAGUAAUACUCAGUUAGCAGCUCCUGCAAGUGCUCCCCAGGCAAACCCAGUCUCUCCAGAGCUCCAGGCCACACUGACCCUGCUCAGACACACUGCAGAAAAGGACCACGAUUUUCUCCAAGAUGAACAGUUCUUCCUGGAGACGCUAAAGAAAGCAUCGUACAACUCUGCUUUCCACACAGCGUGA